GAUAAGUCAAGUUCAGGAACGAAAGCGAAGGUGCGGAGUAUGUUGCGGAUCGCGCCACGAUCGUCGUUAUAUCAGAUGUUCCUCAGGAGGCCAGUGGGAGAUACGUUUUCCCGUCGUGGGGACGACAUGAUGCGUAUUGUUGUUGACGUGUUGUUUCUUUCGUUUGCAUGCGCUACUGCUCGCAUGGAUUUCUAUGCCUCUCCUCACUCCCCCGUUCCGCCCACUUUGCUGCUGUGUGUGCCGCGCGCGCGUGCCCGAAUUCCGACAUGGUGCUCUUCGUAUUCGCAUGUUUCCCGGCUCAUUCUGCACACCAGCGAUGCUCGUCACGUUCCAGCUACCGGGAUCCCGUUUUUCUAUCUUCCGGCGAUAACGGCCUGUCCCCCAGGUGGCCGCUGACAUCCGGCCUCUUCGCCCGCCCGAUGAAUGGCGCUGCGCCCCCGCGCGGCGAACGCCGCCGCGGCCAUCCCCAGCGCCGAGGCCGAGGCGCCGGGAGCCGUGUACCAGGUUACCUCGCAGGCGGUCGGGCCUAAGGCCCAGCGGGUCGCCAUCUUGCUUGGCACCUACCACGAGCACGGCGAGAAUCACGGGCGCGUUACCUACCAGAAGCAGGAGCCGAUCCCUGGGCACCCAGAUCUGAAGGUCUUCAUUUACUUCUGGGACACCCGCGAUGGGCUCGAGCUCUCCGGCUGGUGGUUCGGGGACUCCGUGGGCGGAACGCUGGUGUGGGCACGAGCGCCCCUGCUCGCGCAGAACGUGCCUCCCGCGGGCUGGAAGGUGCCGUGGGACGCGCCGAUGCCCGAGCCGGGCAUGCUGUCGGUGACGAGGGUGGCGGCCGAGCAGGGGGGCGUGGCCGCGGUCGCCGCCGCCAGCAGGGCGACCGCACCCAAGGCGCGGCCGUUGACCGCGUCGGCGAGGGCGGGGGCCGCGCCGCCCAACGUCGUGGGGAGUCUGCUGGCAGCCGCGAU